CUAUUUCCACCGAUUUCCUUUUGUUGAACAGCAUUCAAGAGGUUCGUGAUAAAUCUGUGUCUAUUCUCAGAAACGAGUGAAUAUGUGUUGCAGAGGAAAAUGCAUCAAGCAGUUCAGCUAUUUUUGUGUAGGACUUUUUCUGUUUUUAGCCAUCUCAGAAAUACUACUGGGAGCUUUCUCUUUGGUGAUCAUGCAACUCACCGAGACAUCAGAUAUAAGAUUGGGAUAUUCUUACGUGUCAGUACCACCUUUAUUACUAGUUUCAUCAGGAAUUCUUCUCUUUUCACUGAUUAUAUUGGGAUGCUGCGGGAUAACCAAAGAAGUCACAUGUUGCGUGCAUUUGUAUUCCAUCAUACUACUGGUGUUGGCUCUUCUACAAAUUGUUGUGGGAAUUGUGUCAGUUUAUCCCAUAUUAAUAUCAAAUGAAGAAAAAGCCAGUUUGAGGUUUGAAAUCACUAAACAUUUGGAGAAACAUCGAACUGCAAACUCUACAACUUUAGACAAUAUCCAUUCACUGAUGCAAUGUUGUGGUAGAACUUUUCCAAAUGAUACGGUUUUUGAUCUCUAUGAUUAUUUGCCGCAGUCUUGCUGCGAGAUUGAUAAUUCGCAGUGUAGCUUGAACUCUACCAGCCUUCAUCAGUUUGGAUGCACGCCUAAACUAAUGGAUUUCAUAAUUUUUCAAAAUAAUAUUGUUGGUUUGUUGUCAGUAUCAUCUGGAGCUAUUGAGAUAACCGCUGGCAUAGCAGGACUUUGUUUGGGAUAUCGCUUACUCAAAGAUGGUACGACUUCUUAUGAAAUGUAAUAAAUAAAAUCAUCGUGAUAACAUA